AUGUCGCACGAGGACUUGGCAGAGCUCUUGAAGAAGCCCCAGUUGAGCCGUUCCGGCGAGCUCUCGUACAUGCUCGCGACGCCCCGAGUCGAUCGCCAUGCUCGUCUGGUACUUCCCUCCGGCGUUGAGACUUCGGUCGUCCUCAACGACGACUGUGCUGCCGCGGACCUCGAGAUGAAAGAACUCAACCAGACAUCUCGAUUCAAGAACUCAGCGCUGCUAGAAAAGUGUGCCCUUGCGAACAAUAUGUCACAGCUUCAGGCAGUACCGGGGUCUUUCGAUGACACCCUCUCUGCUACAUACGCCACUAUCGACAAGGCUGUAUUGGGCAUUGAGAGCAACCUCAUGUUCGUGAACGUGCAGGAUGCGAAAUCGACGAAGGAUGUCAGUGGCUCUUCCUAUUCCCUCGAGACUGCCGCCGCGGUCAUGAAGGAUGCCAGAAUUCCCAGACCGUCAUCAGUCCGUACAACGUCCAGGUGA